UUGCUGUGACUAUCCCUUUCAACUGAUGCAGGGGGGAAGCUCAUAUCAAUUAAUAUCCUCAUUUUACACUAAUUUACCCUUUUCCAGUUUCCACAAUAGAUGCAACAGAAUGUUGCAAUAGAGCAACGCUUGGCAAAUUUGGCUGAAGGAGACACUGAGCAAAGAGCUUUUCAGAGAGCUUCAACUCAGCUGUCAGAAGGGGCAGCUUGGAUUCUGUGCAGGCAAUACUCGCGUUCCAAACUGUAGCAGAGAAAAGCCGGUGGGAUUGUGUGCAUUUUUAUUAUCAGUUCCAGACUAGGAAUCUGGUGCUAAUUUCUUCUUAAAGCCUGUGUUUGCAGUAGAAUUUCUAUUCUAAAACAGAAGAAGGAUUGUGAUGUUUUUCUCUCAGUAGCUCUUCUUUUUUUUUUUUUUUUUUCCUUUUUCUCCCCCCACUGGCUUUAUUCCAAGGACGUUUUCUGCUUGUUCGUUACAUUCUCAAGAUGAAGCAGCCGAUGGUCACAGCAGUGCUGGUAGCACUGGUGCAGGUUUCUCAGAGUUUCCCUGCCUUGUACCACCGAGGGUGGUGGAGGCUGUUAAAAGAAGGAGAUAAUUGUGGAAAAUGUGAUUUGGCACUUUGCUCUGAGCCUAAAAACUGUCUGGCUGGGACUGUACUGGACCGCUGUGGCUGCUGUUCUGAGUGUGGAAACUUGGAAGGUCAGAUCUGCGACUUGGACCAGGGCAAUCAUUUUUAUGGGCAGUGUGGGGACAACCUUGAGUGCAGGCUGGAUGCUGAUGAAGCAAGGUUUGGAGAAGUCCCUGAACCCCAGUGCGUGUGCAAGUAUCAAGACAGCAUCUGUGCAUCUGACGGGAAAACUUAUGAGAACAUCUGCCAGUUCAGCAAGGCUUAUGCUGCGAAGAGGAAUGUCAGCAUGAAGCAUAAAGGACCAUGUGAAUCAGCUCCUGUUAUUUCUGUGCCACCUCAGGAUGCCCAGAAUUUCACAGGCAAUGAUGUCAUAUUUGGCUGUGAGGUGUCAGCCUAUCCUAUGCCACAGCUGGAAUGGAAGAAAAAGGGGAAUAAAAUGUUCCUGCCAGGAGAUGAUGCCCACAUCUCUGUACAGUCAAGAGGUGGGCCUCAGAAGUAUGGUGUGACAGGAUGGCUGCAGAUUCAAGGCCUCAAAAAAUCAGAUGAAGGUGUUUACAUCUGCCACACCAAAAACAAGCAUGGUGCAACAUAUGCCUCUGCAAGACUGAAAGUCAUUGACGGCUCAUCUCCUGCAUUUGCAUUUACUGAAGGUAGUAGAAGUGCAAGCUACAGCGUUGAAUAUGGGGAGUAUUAUGACCAUUCUGAUGAUGAAGAUGAGGAAGAAAAUGAAUCUGGGGACUAUGAAAACUGAGACAACUCUGAAUAAUAACUUCUAUGCAUCUGUUGUCCAAUAGCUUUCACAGUGCUAUAUUUACUAGAAGUCUCUAUGCUGCAAAUGGCUCCUCUGAUAACACACAUUCACUUGUGCCUCCACCCUCCUGCAAUUCAACUUUGGCUGAAGUUUAUCAUGCUACUUAAUAGAAAUACAAACAGUUGUAAAUCCAUACAUUCAGACUCUUAAAUAAAAUGUUAAACAUGCACCUGUCUGCUAAGUAUACUGAAGGAAUCAGAUCUUAGAGCAAUUUUUUUAAUUAUGGUGUGAUUUCUUUCAAUUAUUCUAAUUUGUCUAUCAAAAAUGUCCCUAUGUAGAAAACAUUUUUACUUCCUUUUUUCUAUAAUGUACUGAGAAAUACCAUGAGAUUGUUCACAUGGCCACAAACCUAAGUAUGAAGGUUGCAAACCAGUUUUUAAUUGCCUUAGUUCAUAUUGUCUCAGAAGUUUCAGCAAGAUUUUCCUUCUCAUUUGAAACUUUGCACAGUUAGUCUCAUCAAGGGCAAAUCACUACCACAAUCUAAAGCAAGUAAGUGCUGUCUUCCCAGCAAAGCCCUGCACAUAAGAGCCAGUAUUUGUCCUUGUCUUGAACUGUUCAAGACUUUUUCCUAUCUCUGGUCCAUCUGCACAAUGUCCAACUAAAGUGCAUUCAGCAUUGCCACACUUCUGGAAACGGCAGAGAGAAAAACAGGCAACAGUUUUGUUCUGAAAACCACCAGAACACAGAAACAGUUUUCAAAUUACCUCACUCACUGGACAGCAAAAGAAAGGCAAUUCAAAACCACAUGGCUUCAAAGUGUGAAGUGAUCACUCUGAAAAAUUUCUUCAGCUGCUUCUUGUUAACAAAUUACAUGAAGAGCUCCAAGUUACUGGGUGAUGGAAGACACUAAACUAUGGCAUGCAAUUUUGGGAGGCAGUUACACCUAUUGGCUCCCAUUGCCUAAAGACAGAUGAAUAGCAGUAAAUUACUGAACAGCACUGAUGACUAAGGAAGCAAAAGUUUAGUCACCGGCAAGCAAAGCCUCAAGAUUUGCAGUCUUCUUUACCCAAUGCACAAAGCCAUGUAGUGAUUACUGCACACACUGAGGUUAUUCGAAGAUAAGUGGGUGGUGAUAAGGAAGCUUUAAGGGCAAUCUUACUGUAUGUAAAGAUAUACUGUAUAGAUUUUUAAAGGUACAUAAAGUGCAUCCCAAAUCCCCCCUUUAAUGAGCUGUUUUGUGCUUUUUUUGCCAUUAGGCAGAUUUUUCCCUUUCAAUUUGAAUUACGCAAAGAGAUUUGCUAUAGACUGUGUUUGCCCUGAGGUAUUAUUGAUCUUUGUCCAGGUAGCAAACAAGCAAAGAAUAAUUUAUUUUGGUUCAGGUUUCCUGGAGUAUUGUUAACUUAUGAGCAGAAAGCAUGCCAUUGUGUCACUGAAAAGAUUAAUUAGUUUUAAUUAGCUGUAAGAAACAGCUUCAUAUUCAACUACUGAUUUUGUUGUUAUGAACUCUUCCUGGUCUUAGUGAUAUGUCUAAUUAUUAUUUGACCUUAUCCACUAUAUAUUAACUUGAACAUAAAAUUGUCUGGUAGAAAUUACUGGGGUUUUUUAAGUGUUUUUGGUUGUUUGUUUUUUUUAAUGGAACUAUUUAAUCUGCAGACAAAUAUUUAAGAUCAAUUGUGAUCUGCCUUGCAAAUGAAUUAAUUAGAUUACCAAAGCAAUCACUAAAUUGUGGCAAUAUAUACUGGCAUAGACUGGUACAUGGCAGAGAAAAUAAUCUGGAAAUCAUUAGCCAGAGAAAUAAAUUAGAAUUCUUCAGGGCCUUUUGCUGUCGUUAAUGUAAAAUGAAAAGCAGGAGGGGGAAAAGAAUGUUUGGAUGAGAAUAAAUGCAGUAUAAAUGCCA